AUGAAAGAAACUGCCGACUGCAUCUAUCUGGAACAGCCCAGGCAUCGAUUCGGUCGUCGUAGUGGAGAUACAUCGGAUCUAGUGCGGGAAGAAUUGAUCCAAGCGAUGCGAAAUACUCGAAUGCCGAUAAACACCUCAGUUCCGCUAUAUAUGGAUGGAGGACGGCCGGCCCAUGACCCAACCGAGCCUGCAGAGCGCCUCAUGGCAACAACACCCCUCUCAAGCUCAGCGGCUUCGAUAUCAGCUACAUCGACACCGUUUGCCGUUGCAUCAAACUUCAACAAUCAUGCUCCAGAGUUUCCACCUUUACCUCUCCAGCAGACAAAGGAGCCCACCAAGAAGAAUCUGUCCUCCUCUUCUGAGCCUGGUCAACUGGCGACCUCAGCUGCUUCAGCACCGACCACUUCCAACCUAAUUGCCAUCGCAUCGAACUCCAACAGUCCUGGCCCAUCUGAUCACUACAAAUGCCAGCGCACCGAUCCUAAAGGCAAGCCAUGCAACUCGACUUUCAGGUCGAUCUCUAAUCUUCGAAGACAUGAGCGUCAGGUCCAUAACAGCGGCAAGCGCAGCUGUAUUCACUGUGCAUCAUCCUUUGACACAGGGUCGGAAUACCGAAAACAUGUGCAUGAAGCUCAUCGCAACGUUGUGUACAAAUGGAAAUGCGGGAUCUGCUCCAAAGAGUACUCCCAGAAAUCAGGCGUUCGUUAUCACCUAACCACGAUGCAUGCGGACAUGGCGGGUCAGGAUACUUGGUGGUUGAAGUGGAUUGUCUCUCGCCCAUGCGCAGGAUGA